AGCAUUACAUACAGUCUAGGUCGAUGUAAAGGUCUAAGCAAGUGGAUUUGCCUGACGGAAGAUACGGUCCGAAAGCCGAAAUUCUUUCAACGACACGCUAGUCACGCAUCUCUUGAUUGCUCUUGUUUGAUUGCUUUUGUGCCUUCUCCCUUUCUUUCCACCGAUGUCCCUCGAAUGCAUAUCCGCACUAGUUAGCUCGAACACGAUAUUGACCUGUGUUCCUGGCAUGCUGGGUAUUUGGCUUUGACUUUAACUCUGUUGCCAAGAUGUCCUUUGACUCGGAACGCCUCUAGGAUGGAUACGCAUAAGAGCCAGUGAACGUACGCACACUGUAUGCCCCUUGCCCAUAGCUUGCACAUGCUACACUCCGUGGAUGAGCAACCGUCCGACGCGCAUGACCAUAACGAUGAUGACGUCGGGCUUAUGCCGUCUCUCUCUAUUGUGUGUCGCAUUAACAGCUCCCCGUCUACGGGGAAUGCUAGGCUGUGAAAUGUUACCCAGGCGCAUGCUAGACGACGUACAUGCGCCAGGUUGCUCUCCACUCAGACAUGCUUUGUCUUCUCCGUCAAGUUUCACCGUCGCUGGGAAUGCUCGGCUGAGGUCACUAAUCGUUAUAGAGAGCGUAUUGACAUCUGUUAUGGAUACUUACUAAUCUCCAUAUUUAUUCUUCACCUUCCUCACCUUUCUUUUCAUUUCGACGUAGUGUAGGAAAUUUCUCUUCUUUUCUUCUCUGAAUAUCCUCUAGUAAGUUCUAGAAUAAUGCAUUAGUACUUAACCCGUACGACAAUGCCCCAGAGGGCAUCUGAAAUCUACUUCGCUAAACUCCACUACUUCGGGUGAACCUUGAGCGAUUGAGUUCGACUGCGCCUAGCGCUUGCUAGACCUACUCGGGCUCCUUCGUAGGUGAUUGAACUUACAACCCUCUUCGCUACUCUUCAUAUCAUAGACUAUAUUCGAGUUGUACUUAGCUUGUACAUUGUCUAUACUACGCCUAUUCCCAACAACAUCAGGGAUCACUCUGGG